CGUAUGUUCCUGUGACGCGCAGAAAUUUUAAACUAUCGUCCUUGUCAGUGAUGGCGGCUUCGUUAAGUUCUCUCCCUGUAAGCUGUAAUAACAAAUGGUACUACACACGACAACAGAUCGAGAAUAGCCCAUCUCGGCGAGCUGGACUUGAUCCUGACAAGGAACUGUCCUACAGACAACAGGCAGCGAACCUGCUCCAGGACAUGGGACAGCGGCUCAAUGUGUCCCAACUUACAAUUAAUACAGCCAUCGUGUACAUGCAUCGAUUCUACAUGGUCCAGUCGUUCACUAGAUUUCACAGAAAUGUUAUAUCUCCCGCCGCACUAUUUCUCGCUGCAAAGGUCGAGGAGCAGCCCAGGAAGCUGGAACAUGUUAUCAAGGUGGCCCAUGCAUGCCUCGAUCCUCAGGAUCCUCCACCAGAUGUACGCAGUGAUGCCUACCUGCAACAAGCCCAAGACCUGGUCAUUCUUGAGAGCAUAAUACUCCAGACCUUGGCUUUUGAAAUCACCAUUGAUCAUCCUCAUACUCAUGUCGUCAAGUGCACUCAGCUUGUCAGAGGUGAGCACCAGCUCUUCAACUUAGCUCCAUUCUCUUUGUAUAUUUCAGCAUCGUAUGAAGUUUGCUGUGAAACGGUUAACUCGCAGGUUUUAAGUGUGUUUUUUUGUUCUGUUGUUGUUCCAGCAAGUAAGGAUCUUGCUCAAACAUCAUACUUUAUGGCCACUAACAGUCUUCACUUGACCACGUUCUGCCUGCAGUACAGUCCGCCGGUCGUGGCCUGCGUGUGCAUCCAUCUUGCCUGCAAAUGGUCCAACUGGGAGAUCCCCGUGUCCACAGACGGCAAACACUGGUGGGAGUAUGUUGAUCCCACAGUUACCCUCGAGCUGCUGGAUGAGCUCACACAUGAGUUCCUGCAGAUUCUGGAAAAAACACCCAGCCGGUUAAAACGGAUUCGCAACUGGAAGGCUGGAGGUCAGACCCCAAAAGCCAAGCCAAAAGUCCAGGAGGAGGGGGACCAGAGGGACACCAUGAUGAGCAUGAUCUCUAUGGCGUCAUCAGAGAGCACCUUGGCAGGCUUGAUGAGCCUCUCGGCUCCACCUUCCGACUCCUCUUCCAUCGUGGACAAGGACCGAGGUGACUCUGGCAGCGCCCCGACUUGGAGUGGCAAAGGCCAGGCUGGAUCCGAGCAGCCCAACGAUGUGCACGUCCCAGCUAAGGUGUCGCUGAGUGAGUACCGGGCCAAGAACGCAGACGUCCUGGCUGCCCAGAAGAGAAAGCUAGAGAACAUGGAGGCCAGCGUGAAGAGGGACUAUGCCAACGCUGCCCAGGCCCUCAUUGGUCAGCAGCAGCGGAAGGAGAAGCAGCCACAUCACCACCAGCAGUCCAGCUCCUCCGCCUCUGACAACCCGUCGCCCAUAAUUCUGAAAAUCCCCCUGGAGAAAGAGAGGCAUGAGAGGACCUCUCUCAAAAUGCGCUUACCUCUAGCGGGGGGAGGGGGCGGCGGACAUAGUGGAGGCGCCCGAGGUCAUGAACAGGACAUCAAAGUCAGAAUACGAGUGCCUGAGAAGCAAAGGGGGAGUUCGGGUGAGGAGGGCAAGAGCAAGGACAAGCACAGGGACCGGUCUAACCACCACCACCACCAUUCCUCCUCUACGGGUGGCUCACUGUCCUCAUCACACAAACAUUCAUCUAGUUCUAGUGGGGCUGUCGGAGGCAGCAAAAAGAUCCCCAGCGACUCUUCUAGAAUGAGCUCUUCGUCCUCUUCUGCAUCUCGUAAGAGGACGCACUCCCAAGAUCCCACAGCAGGCACUCACCCUGCCUCUAAAGCCAGCAAGUCCUCUAGGAAUCCCUACCAGCUGCCGUCCCUUUCUUCUUCCUCUGGGCAAACUCUGGGCCACGGCCCUGACAUUCUCCCCGCCCUGGGCCCCCCCCACCACCAAGGGAUCUAUCCGCACCCCAAAGGUGACAAGACAGACACUAACGGGCACGGUGCAGCUGGCGGAGCGCAGUCAAACGAGUACCAGGACACUUUUGAAAUGCUAAACUCACUUCUGAGUGCACAGGGGGUCCAGCCGUCCCAGCCGUCCAUGUUUGACUACAGAUCCCAAUAUGGGGAAUACCGUUACAGUGGGGGCUCCAGAGGAAUCAACCCCAGGCCCCCGCCCCUCCCUUCAGAACCACCUCCCCCACUGCCACCGUUACCCAAAUAAGAUCCUCAUCAGGAGACAUACUAUAUACAUUUUACUUGACAUCCCGGACAUCCAUCUUGUUACAUAAAGUAUUGUAUAAUGUUAUUUUUUAAACUAGCCCAACUAUUUUUUACAGGCUUCAGUGACAGCAAUGAAAUGUACUGGUGAGAUAAAUGAGUUAGCAACCUUUUUCUUUUUACAUGUGUGGGGCAAUAAUGAGAGGCUUUAAAAGCUUGCGAAAUGCACGGGGGAAAACACAGGAUAGUGUAGAUAAUAUCUUAAGCUCUUCUGUUUUACUCAAAUGAAAUGUCAUGAUGGAACCUGGUGAUUUUAGCAUUGCGGUUUUGGAAGUUGUCUUGAAAUCAUGGGGAAACUCAAAUUUCCAUCACAUGUACAUUUUAGGUCUUCUUACCAAUUGUUUUUAUAAUGUUUUUAUAGUAUGUUAUUUAUUAAUUGUAGGCUUUUAAAAAAAAAAAAAAACCAUAGUCCCCUUUUCUACCUUUUUUAAGGUUCUCCCUUUGUUCUUUUUUUGGCAGAGGGGUAUUUCUUCAUCAAAACUGUACAGGCUAGUUUGAGAGUGCAUGUCUCUAAAGCCAUCUUUUCAAUGUUUUUGUCUUAUUUUUCAUUUUACAUAUUUUCCUCCUUAUAUUUUUGAACAGCCAUAACCUAAAAGAAUAAAUAGGUGAGUGCCCAUCCCUGGUAUUUAUCAAAUGUAUUUCCUUCAUUAUUUGAUGAACUUGUACAAAGACUGUAAAAUGUUUAAAACAAACAUGAAAUAUUUUUUACAUUUUGUUAAAAAAAGUGCAAAAAAAAUUGUAAACUAAGUAAGCUUGUACUUUUUUGUUUUUAGAUUUUGAGUGUUGCAGUCAUUGUUUUAAAUGGUUGUAAAAUAUUCAUAUUCAGUUCUCAAAUGAUUACACUAGUGGACAGAGUCCAUACCAAGGAUAUACAUCUAUUCAAGGGGUUCAAAGAGUUCAGACAUAUCUACAUGGUCCAAAUGAAGGAAUUGCCAACAAGAAAAUCCCUCUAAAGAAAGGCGAGUUUUUAAGUCAUGUGAUCUGUCACUUGUUCAUCAGUGUCCUCUGGAGGGAAGUCUUUUUUCGGAGAUGACAGCUAAAUGCAAAGAAAGUCAUAGGCAGACCCUAUAGAUGGACAUUUGUCAUGUUGGCAUCAGCAGCGCCCUGAAACCGGGGGAAAAGCUCCAUUUGGGGCGACCAUAUUAAGCACAAUCUACAAUAAAGGUAUUCACAAUACACUAUAUCAAAUUCUAAUCAAAUGCCAGUUGUCCGUCUUCAGUGAUCAUUUGUUUCUGCAUUUCCCUUUGGGGAUGUUUGAAAUCUGCCAAAUCAUGCUGGUCUGAUGUAAUCAUGCAAAAAAAAAAAAUCUUUUGACUUUACACCUUCAAAAAAAACAGAAGCUAUUCAGCUUCAGGUUGUUAAUAAUCCACCCACACACCAUGAUUCAUGUAGUUGUGUAAAUCCCACAGGCAAGCAGGUUAUCAGCAGACAUCCACUGAAGAGUCAGGAGUGUAACGUAUAAUAUGCUCUUAAAUUAAUGAUUACUUUGUGUUAAAUCUAGUGGAAGGGGGGCCACUUUUUGGCUAGAAAGUGUACAUUGAAUUCAUACUAAGCUCAUGUGGUUUUGAUUGUAUAGUAUUACUGCUUUGUUUGAUCAAAAACUUUGUUUUAGGCAGUUCACAGAAAUGCAGUACAACAAAUCAUCAGCUGUUGUCAGAUCUUUUUGUUCCCUUGAUUUUAUGGAAGAUACGGCAGACAGAGCUUUUAUUGGUUGUAACAGGGAAACAGUAAAUGCACUGAAUAUUUAUCUCAGUAGGUUUGCCUACAAUGCAAAUGACGUGUUUCAUGUCUAAUGGUUAGACUAUAAAAAUAGAUAUUUCCAUUUUUGAAAAUGAUCUUAUUGGAGAUGCACAAAUCUUCCAAUUUAAGUAUUAACUUCAUGCUGUGAGGAAAGUCAUAAUAAAAGGACACGCAUUUCAAAAGAAAUCACAUGUCAGAAUAAUGGAAGACACUCAUGCAACCUAACAAUGCAAAAUUACAUAGCUACAAUAAGUUUCAUGGUUUUUUUUUCACGGCUUGGUGUUUUUUUUGACACUCUGGUCCGGAAAUGAAACGUUUUGGGAUUUUAUUUGUUUUUAGUUUAAACAUAUGUGAACACUGUUCUUUUUGAUAUAAUGUGGUUGCUUUAUUCUCAAUUAAAGUCAAUAAAUAUUUUAAGAAA